CGCAGCAACAGUCUAUAUGGGUAAAGGCCAAGGUACCUCCAGUUCCUCUGGAGGUGGGAGCGGAUGUCGGGAGAAGGCCCGAUGGUGACCGCCGUCUUGGAUUACAGCCGCUGCAAUCAGGAGGUCAGGCUGAAAAUAAAUAUGGAGGGAGGGAAAGAGGAAGAAAUGAAAGCGGACCAGGGAUUGCAAGUGGCCAUCACAGAGGCAAAGGACCGGGCUGAGAGGAGGUGCAGGACAGACGGAGUCACGGACGAAACAAAGGUCACCGUUUCAUACUUGGAAGGAGAGACGUCCACAGAUACCGCGGAGCAGGAGCAGCGGCAUCUGGACCGCGACACAGAGGCCGAGAGCGAUGCCAGUGAUCUGAACGCGGAGACCAAGUCCUGGCACGGGCUAGAUCGGUGGCGGAGGGACCACCCACCGGCUGAGCCUGUGGAGAGUGCUCCAGAGGCCAACUCACGGCGAAGACGUGACUAGGAGUACUGGUCGGUUACAGCGGUGGGCAUCGAUCAAAAAGAGAGAGAAGUCAAGUGAACAAGGGCGUGUUACGCGCGA